CCAACACAGACAAAGACAAAGGAAUCUGCUGACAUCUCAAAGACUCCAAUCGGCCUUCUUCACUUCCUUGUUUAAGGAGCCAAACUGCCCCCAGUCUGCCAGAUUUCCGUCCUCACCAGUGAGAUCGCAAGGCGGCUUAUUGGAAGCGGCGGUGACCGGAGGAGGUGGAGCAACAAGCUGAGCUAUGGGUCUGAUUAAGUCAACUGUAGGGGACGCGGUGUUGACCAGUCUGUGGGUCUUCAGCGUCUCCACUCUGGGCACCCUCACGGCCAUCUCCGCCGCCGCUCUCGGCCUCCAGGCCAAGUCUUCAUCCGGGCUUCUCCUCAUGACCGCCCUCGCCACCGUUCUCAUGCUCAUCUUCAGUGUCGUCAGCAGCCUCCUCGGCGGCGCCAGCUUCAACCCUGCCACCACCGUAGCCCUCUAUGCCGCGGGGCUCAAACCCGGCGUCUCCCUCCUCUCCUUCGCCGUCCGGUUCCCGGUCCAGGCGGCCGCCGGGGCUGCCGGCGCCAGAGCGAUCUCCCAAGUGAUGCCGGUCCAGUACCGGCACAUGCUGCGGGGACCAUCCCUGAAGGUUGACCUUCACACGGGGGCGAUUGCAGAAGGUGCUCUGACUUUCAGUAUUUGCUUAGUGGCCCUCAUGAUUUUCACAAAGGGCCCGAAGAACCUCUUGAUUAAGGUAUGGUUGCUGGCUACGGCUACGGUGGGGCUGGUGGUCAUUGGUGCGGGCUUCACGGGGCCUGCCAUGAACCCGGCCAACGCAUUCGGUUGGGCCUACAUGAACAACUGGCACAACACAUGGGAUCAGUUCUACGUCUAUUGGAUUUGCCCAUUCAUUGGGGCAGCGUUGGCCGGGCGGGUCUACAGGUUUCUGUUCCCAGUGCAAAAGAAGCCGAAGCAGAAGGCGGCCUGAAGAGACCACAAGAGGUUGUCAUUGAACAACAAUUAGUUAACGUUCACAUGAUCAUGUGAUUGAUAUGUCCCUUUAGAUUGUCAUUUUUUUUCCAGCUUCGUUGCUAACUGUUUGGUCCAGAACACGGGUAUGUGAACAAUCUGAUUUCCCGAUGUAAUUGAUGCGAAAUGACUUAAUCCAAGGCGGCAUUGUCAUGGCUGACUUCAAAUUGUU